AGAAGCAGCGAAGGACAGUAUGAUGGCGGGAUUCAUGAAAUUGAACGAGUUUAAUUUUGUGAACGUCCGGACGAGAAUUGCUGUAUUUUCUCUUCUGUUUUUCCUUCAGUUUUUCCAGCACACUUUAGGUGUUGUACUUAACACAAUUGAUGUCAAGGAUGGACAAGAGCUCAAAAUUCGUGAAGCGCAGCACUUUUGCUACAAUAAUCCAGUUCCGGUUCCUGGAUGGAGGGAGACCUGGAUGAGAAUCCAGGUGCAAAUAUGGAGUUCCAAGGAGUUGAAAGUGACGGUUGUAACUGAUGAAGAGGAGUUGCAGGAACUUGAGCAUUUUAGCAUCUGGUCCCUGGUGCAGUACUACAUCCGUGAGCGGACUAAUGAAACCACCGUGAGCAUUGACCUCUUCAGCCAAAAAACGUGUUUCCGUGUGGAUCCUUCAGAUUCAAAAACAUUCUACACAGUAAAACCAAGUCGAAAAUACGACAUCUACCUGUUCAUGGUGUUCCUGGCUGGAGUCUUGCUGUUCUUCUUUGCAGAUAUGCUCAGCAGGAGUCAGGUGUUCUACUACUCAGCAGGAAUGAGUACAGGGAUGAUAGCUUCCCUCAUUAUCCUCAUCUACAUCCUGGGGAGAUUUUUGCCCAAGAAAAGCUCUUUCUAUGUGCUGAUUGCGGGAGGCUGGUCUUUCUCUUUGUACAUAAUCCAGCUUGUGAUUAAAAACCUGCAGCUCAUUCUUAAGGAGCAUUGGCACCUAGCACUAGCCUAUGUCGCAGUGGUAGGCUUCAUCAGCUUUGCAGUGUGUUACCGCCAUGGUCCCCUGGUGGAGGAGCGGAGUAUUAACAUCCUGUCCUGGACAUUGCAGUUAUUUGGCCUGUUGUUGAUUUAUGCUGGUAUUCAGGUUCAGCAGGUGGCACUAGCGAUAAUGGUGGCUGCUUUCUGUUCUAAGAACCUGGAGUACCCUGUAUCCAUGGCAUUCAGUGUUUAUCAGAAGCUGAAGCUGCGCUGGAAACCAGAGCCUAGGCAUCUGUUGACAGAGGAGGAGUACCAGAAACAGGCUGAGGUUGAGACUCAGAAAGCUUUGGAAGAACUGAGGAAGUACUGCAGCAGUCCAGAUUUCAAUACAUGGAAAACAGUGUCCAGACUGCAGUCCCCCAAGAGGUUUGCCGACUUCGUAGAAGGCUCCCCUCAUCUGAUGUCCAAUGAAGUAUCAGUCCAUGCACAGGAGUACGGUUUAGGGGGAUCAUUCUUCGAAGAUGACCUGUUUGCCACCGAUGAGGAGGAUGAGGAAGAAGGAUGGGAGACAGAGGAGGAUGACGAGAAACCAAACAUCAGCUCACUGCGGAACAGUAACAUACAUGGAAAAAAAAGCAUAUAAGCAGAUCUGACUUGACCAGUGAUCAGAAAUGUGAAGACAACUCAUGAAUGUGAUGACAGCAUGUGAGUGAAACAAAGCCAUACUUUAGGUCAAGGACAUGACCGUACAAAAAUGUGUGCAGAACAGCACAGAGACUCCAAAGCACUGUUCUCACCAGAAACAGGUGGUCAGUGUAUUUCUUUUUUUACUUAUUUUUGCUUUAUUUCAUUAAAGAAGUUGGCCUGUG